AUGGCGUUUAAACCUUUCGGAAAAGAUGUGGGACCCGCUAUGAGCUCCAAACCGUCGCCGUUUACAACGUUCGGCGUUUCUGAUCCUACUCAAUCCACCAGCGAUUCUAUGAUUCAACCACCAGCGUCGUCUCAGAACCAUUCAGGAUAUGGAGGACAGUAUUUUGGACCACGUGGAGGAAUUCAAAGUGGUUCUCCAAUCCAGCGAGCACCGUCUCCUUCGGCUUUUCAAAAUCCUUCACCUUUUGUAGGGCAACCUUACCGACCAGGUGGGGUACAAAGUCCUCCAUUGAAUCGAACAUCACCUCCUGUGGCUUUUCAAAAUCCCUCACACUCUCCAGGACAACCUUACCGACCUGGUGGAAUUCAGAGGAGAUCAGGACCUGUCAGUGGAAUACAAUGGGGUUCAGAUUCUUUUCCACGUCCAAGCCCUUCUGUGAGAGCUUCCCAAUUUCCUGGAGUUCAGAGGCCUACUUUAAAUCCUCAGUUUGGGCAUGAUGAAUCAAGGAAUUUCCUGAAGGAUCAUAGUGAGCAUAGUCUAGCCUCGUCUCCAGCUAGUACAUCACACAUUCUUUCCAGAAGUGGAACUGAUGUUGCUGAGAUUGGUCGAUCACAAGAUUCAAAAAGGAAAAGUCAUUCAGAUCUUCUUCCUGAUCGAAGUUUAGGGCUUUCUCAAAGAAAUCAUUCGCCGGGAUCAGGUUUUGGGAAUGGCAGUUUGGUAGAUGAUUUCCAGCAGCCAUCUAGUCAAACUUGGAUACGCUCUCCAUCUUCCGCGGACAAUAAUCCGGUGAGGUCGAGGAUCAAUCCCAAUCGGUUGAUCCAUCAGGAACAAAUCCCAAGCUCUCCAUUGCCAUUUGCACAUGAAGCAGCUGAAAUUCAGGAAGCUACAAAAAGAAACUCUUCGGCUCGAGCACAUUCUCAUAAACCUCUUUAUGACAACCCUGUAUUUCCUCAACAUGAUUCUCGAAGGUCAUCAACAUCUCCUCCUGCGUCAGGCACAAAGUCAUUUAUGCUUUCAAGAAGCUCAGAUUCCCAAUUUCCUGGGCACCCCUCCUCUGUUAAUAAUUUUAGUUAUGCGGUGAAGACAAGUGGUUCACCUGCAACAAAAAGGACGAGAUCUCCACCUUUUGUGGAUGACGAUAUCCAGGGAAACUCUUUUUCUUCUGUAAGCUGUACUGAAGGGGAUGCCCUCAAGGGAGAUGCUUUGUUUGAUUUUGAAAGCUCGGAGCAGCCCUCUCUUAUCGUUGGAUUAUGCCCUGACAUGUGUCCUGAGUCAGAACGGGGUGAGCGUGAAAGGAAGGGUGACUUGGACCAUUAUGAGCGUGUAGAUGGAGAUAGGAAUCAGACGAGCAAAUCCCUUGCUGUGAAGAAAUAUACCAGGACGGCGGAGCGAGAAGCCAUUUUGAUACGACCCAUGCCAAUCCUGCAGAAUACUAUGGAAUAUUUGCUGAGUUUGCUAGACCGCCCUUACAAUGAAAACUUUCUUGGCAUGUAUAAUUUCCUAUGGGAUAGGAUGAGAGCUAUCCGAAUGGAUCUAAGAAUGCAACAUAUUUUCAACCGAGAAACUAUUACUUUGCUGGAGCAAAUGAUAAGACUUCACAUCAUUGCAAUGCAUGAGCUAUGUGAAUAUACUAAAGGAGAGGGUUUUUCGGAGGGGUUUGAUGCACACCUGAAUAUUGAGCAGAUGAACAAGACAUCCGUUGAGUUGUUCCAAAUGUAUGAUGAUCACAGGAAGAGAGGAAUAACUAUUGCUACAGAAAAAGAGUUCCGUGGCUAUUAUGCUCUUCUCAAACUCGACAAGCACCCUGGCUAUAAGGUUGAACCGUCUGAGCUUUCUCUUGAUCUUGCCAACAUGACUCCAGAAAUAAGGCAAACUUCAGAAGUUCUCUUUGCCCGCAGUGUAGCCAGAGCUUGUAGAACUGGCAACUUCAUUGCCUUCUUUCGCCUUGCACGAAAAGCAAGUUAUCUUCAAGCAUGUCUGAUGCAUGCUCAUUUUUCGAAGCUAAGAACUCAGGCACUUGCUUCUCUGCACGCUAGUCUCCAAAAUAAUCAGGGUAUCCCAGUUUCAGAUGUGUCAAAGUGGAUAGGGAUGGAGGAAGAGGACAUAGAAGCCCUGUUGGAGUACCAUGGAUUUUCAAUAAAAGAGUUUGAAGAGCCAUACAUGGUAAAGGAAGACCUAUUUCUCCAUGCUGAUAAGGACUAUAAAACAAAAUGCUCGAAACUUGUUCACAUGAAAAAGUCAAGAACCAUUGUGGAAGAUGUUUCUGCUCCCUCUAUUGCAGAAGAUGUUUCUGCUCCCUCUAUUGCAGAAGAUGUUUCUGCUCCCUCUCCGUUGUCAUCCUUGCCGACAGAAGCAAAUAAAGGAUAUCAACAGGAAAGGCCGUUUGCCCAAAGUCUUAAGAAACAAACAUCAGUGCGACUAGUUGAUAAAGAAAUGACCGAUUCCACGACUUCCCUCUUACUUGAGGAAGACAAGCCAGUGAGAACAUCUGUAAUAAAUCCAGUGCGGUCAUCUGAUGUAAAACCAGCAGUGGAUCAACAGAAACGAAAUGACCUUACGCCGUCUGGUGAAUUUCAUUCUCCCCAGAAGUUUUAUUCUCCUUUUGGUUUUCAUGGAUUUCCUCAAGCUGAAUCCUCGAAUUUGAAGAGACAACCUAAUGGCAGCCAUACUAGUAUAUCUCCUGCAGAAAUUAAAUCUCCAUUUGUAGAGCAUAUGCAAACGAAUAUUGUGCCUGGACCUAUUUUGCAACAAAGUCUAUUUGCAGGGCAUAUGCAAACGAAUCUUGUGCCUGGCCCUACUUUGCAACAAAGUCCAAUGUCUAUGCCUAUGGAGAGUGUGCCUGUAACUACCAUUUCAGAGUCUCCAACGAGUGUAGAAAAGAUAUCUCCUUUGGAAGAAUCAGUACCCGAAGCUGCGAUGACUGUUACCUUGGAAGAGGGUUUCCAUGACAUUGAACAGGAAGACGAGAAUGGAGACGGAGACAUCACAAAUCAGUAUGACGAGGAAGUGGCGAAGGCAAAACUCAAGUUGAUCAUAAGAUUAUGGAAGCGGUGGUCUUUACGUCAAAGUGAAUUGCGGGAGCGUCGACAGUUAGCUGCAGCAGCUGCUCUGAAUUCUCUAACCCUGGGCACUCCUAUCAGACUCAGCAAAACUGAUCAAUCGAAGACGUGUGGUGAGUUUGACAUUGAUCAAGCGAUGAAGAGGAGAUUUGAAGAACGUGAAAAAUCAUGGUCAAGGCUGAAUAUUUCAGAUGUGGUAGCUGAUAUAUUAGUCGAAAGGAAUCCAGACUCAAAAUGCAUAUGGUGGAAGGUCAUCUUAUGUACUCAGAUUAAAUCAGUUAACUCAUCAAGUCAAGAUACACAUUCAGCAGCCAGUCGAUGGGUAUCAUCAAAGCUUAUCCCUCUCACAGAGCAUAGUAUCUCCGAUGAUAAUCUGGUGUUUUCAGCUCCCGGUGUGUCGUUAUGGAAUAAAUGGGUUGCAAGUGGGUAUGAUUCUGAUUUCAGAUGCUGUCUCUCAGUAGCUAGAGAUGUGGAAGCUGAAAAUGAUCUUUGUGAAAGCACACGUGGUGCAAGUGCAGUUCUCUUCCUUGCAUCUAAAGGCUUACCUAUGAAUUACCAGAGAGAACAUCUUAACCGCAUUCUUGAAUCAGUACCAAACGGUUCACUCCUUCCCCUUCUCGUUCUAAUCAGCUCAAGCAAUGGGGAAAGCGUGGAUCCUGAUACAAAUCUCGUCUCUGAACUAGGCCUCCAUGAUAUUGACAAAUCAAAGAUAUCAAGCUUCACCAUCGUUUCUAUUGCUAAUAAGUCCCAGAAGGGACAGGAAGUUCAUUUUUUCAGCGAUUCACGGCUAAGAGAUGGGCUUAAAUGGCUUGCGGGAAAUUCACCUCUGCAACCAAAUUUUCAUCACGUUAAACCGCGGGAACUUGUUCUGAUGCAUUAUAGUUCUUCACUGGAGUCGCUUAAGCAGAGGCCUGAUCAGGAAGUUGGUCCUAACAUGUGCAUAUCAGCCUUCAACGAGGCAUUGGAAACAUCAAAAAGGAACAUCACUUCUGCUGCUGAAGCAAAUCCGAUCUGUUGGCCUGGCCCUGAGACAAUGUUGCUCGAGAAUAAUAGAAAAGAACAUUUAAUGGUGAAGAGUUAUCUACCCAACCUGGACUGGAGCAGUUCAGAGAGCAUCGAACAACUCAACUCCAUACUCGAGAACUGUAAGCUUCCAUAUUUUGAAGAUGAUUUGACAUGGUUAACCCUAGGAUGUGCUUCUGGUGCUGAGAUAGAGAACUAUACGCAACGACUCGAGGGAUGCUUAGUUGAGUACUUGACACAGACAAGCAAUCUUAUGGGAGACUCAUUAGCCAGGAAAGAAGCAGGAGUAAUGCUACAAAGAAACACUAGACUCGAACUUCAUAACUCAAGCUACUACCAUAUCAUCCCGAGAUGGAUCGGAAUCUUCCAGAGAAUCUUCAACUGGCGGAUAAUGGGUGUGCUAGAUUCAUCGUCUUCCUCAGCUUACGUACUGAAGUCUGAUCUCACCAUGUCAGCUUCAAGCCACACUGACAAGUUCCUGUUUGAAGAUGCGACAUACCAAUCUUCUCGUCCAUUGCUUCACGAAAUGGUUCAAAUCAGCUGCACCCCCUUGAAGUCAUCUCCUCCAUGUAAUCACAAACCCAAGAGAGAUGAACAAGUAGAAUCGCUUCAGACGGAAAGGCUUGUUGAUGAUGAUCAUAGAGACAUAGAUGAGUCAAUGUUGGAGAAGAGUAGAGAAGCUUCAAGAAGGGUUGAUAUGAUGAUAACUGAGGAUGAGGAGUUAGCUGAUGAAACAGAGAGCUCAUGGAGGAGUGAAGGAAAAGAAGUGACGGUGAAGGAUAGAGAAAGUGAGAGAUUAAAUGAAUUGUUGGAGAAGUGUUACUUGGUACAGAACAGCAUAGCUGAGAAGCUCUGCAUUUACUUUUAAAACUUUAUUUCGUUACCUUGCUAUAUAUGAUGAAUUGUUACAUAGAAAGAGUGCAUAAGAAACAAUCAUCAUCAUCAUUUAUUACACAGGCAUUUGAUCUGUACAAUGAUAAUCUUUCACAAAUUCAUCGUUUCCGUUAAUAAAUUAAAUGUAUCUGUU